CGGUGGUUCAGGUUCAGCCCAGCCUCCUGUCGGUGUGGCGGUGCGAUCCUCCAAAGCCUGAGCGCCUUUUUUUUCCACGGAACCCUUUAGCAUCCGUGUGAGGAGCAGAGGAUCUACCGGACCCGUGGAUAAGUCGCAUCACCUACACUCGCUCACACAUGGCGCUCUAGAGGACUCGCUAACCUGUGGAUUUUGGAAGGGAUACCGCUGAUUUUAAACCCCCCCAAUUGGCUGUCGGUGUACGGGACAUCUCUCACCAUGGAGACGCAGAGGUGGCAAGCCAGGUGGAAAACGAAAAGACGGCUAUGGGACUCAACGCUAACCGCUAUCAUCACGCUCGUUUUGCUUGUACAAACCGCUACUGUCCGCGCAGCUGAACCCGUGGAUGUCUUGAAGGUGCUAGAUUUCCAGAGCUCUCCCGAUGGGGUACAGAAAACACCAGGAUUCUGCAGAAUGAGGAGAGGAGCCAAACCAGACAUCGCGUACAGAGUGAGCAAACAGGCACAGAUCAGCGCUCCCACCAACCAACUCUUCCCAGGUGGAGUUUUCCCAGAGGACUUCUCCAUCAUGUUCACCAUAAAGCCCAAAGCAGGUCUCCAGUCCUUCCUCCUGUCCGUGUACAACCAGCAGGGUCUCCAGCAGCUGGGGGUGGAGGUGGGUCGAGCCCCUGUGUUUCUGUAUGAGGACCAACAUGGAAAACCUGCCCCCGAGGAGUACCCGCUGUUCCGCUCCAUCAACCUGGCUGACGGCAAAUGGCAUCGUGUGGCUAUCAGCGUGGAGAGGAAAACUGUGACCAUGAUUGUGGACUGUAAGAAGAAGGUGACCAGACCUCUGAGCAGAAGUGACCAGGCUGUGAUCAACACUGAGGGCAUCACUGUUUUUGGAACCAGGAUCCUGGACGAAGAGGUCUAUGAGGGCGACAUCCAGCAGCUCCUGAUCGUGGCGGACCCCCGAGCGGCCCACGACUACUGUGAACACUACAGCCCCGACUGUGAAAGCCCCGCCCACCACGACACACCCCAAGCCCAGGAGCCCGAGGAGGAAGUGUACACUAACUAUGACUAUGGGGAGUUCUAUGACUACAGUGAAGGAGAGGUCACCACAGGGCCUCCCCCGACCGAACCAACCAAAGCAGAGACAGACGCAGGAGCUGAAUAUUACCCCAGUGAAUACGACUACACCACUGUGGAUGGAGGGCCCCCAGACACCAACACUGACACCGCAGGACAGGAAAAGACCUUUACCGAGGAGAUUGUUGACGAUUACAUCACCGGAGUGGAGCAGGUGGGGGCGGAGCCUACUCCAGCUGUGGAAACCCCUCCCCCUGAGGUCACUGAAGAGAAAGCUGGACCCACAACUGACAUUUACGAAUUCAAGGAGUACGACUUGAAAACGUAUGACAACAAGGAGUUUGUAGAGAAGGAGUAUGAGUAUGGGGAGUAUGAGUACGGCGCAGGUCCAGCUAAGCCCACAGCAGAGGAAGAGGAGUUUGGUCCAGGAGUCCCAGCUGAAACUGACAUCAGGGAAAGCUCUGUCCAUGGACACAGUUACCUGGGAGAGAAGGGGGAGAAAGGAGAGCCUGCUGUGAUUGAACCAGGGAUGCUUAUUGAAGGAGCCCAAGGAGCGCCCGGCCCAGCGGGUGUUCCUGGUACCCCCGGACUGCAGGGCCCCCCAGGUCUCCCCGGAGAUCACGGUGAGAGGGGUCCUCCAGGCCGUCCCGGUAUCCCUGGCUCAGACGGAGUACCGGGGCCCCCAGGUACCAUCUUGAUGCUGCCCUUCAGAGCUGGAGGCGAGUCCCACAAAGGCCCAGUGGUGUCCGCACAAGAGGCUCAAGCUCAGGCCAUACUGUCCCAGGCCAGGCUGGCUAUGAGAGGCGCUCCGGGACCCACUGGACUGGCAGGGCGGUCUGGUCCUGUGGGAAGUCCUGGCGCUCCCGGGCUUAAAGGAGACGGCGGUGACCCAGGACCACAGGGGCCUCGAGGUCUUCAGGGUCCACCUGGUCUUCCUGGAAAAGCCGGAAAAAGGGGCCGUAAUGGAGCGGAUGGAGCUCGCGGGCUGCCGGGAGAAGGAGGAGCGAAGGGUGACCGCGGGUUCGACGGCCUCCCAGGACUUCCAGGAGAAAAGGGACAUAGAGGUGAAAUUGGGUCUACUGGCCCCCCAGGACCUCCCGGAGAAGAUGGGCCAAGGGGAGAGGAUGGACCAGUUGGACAAAGAGGUGUUGCAGGAGAGGGCGGUCCCAGAGGUUUGCUUGGUCCGAGAGGUACUGCCGGUCCUCCAGGGCAGCGCGGUCUUUCAGGGUUGGACGGGCAGCCGGGUCCCAAAGGAAACAUGGGACCUCAAGGAGAGCCAGGUCCUCCAGGACAGCAGGGCAUGCCCGGACCCAAUGGUCUUAUAGGUCCUCAAGGUCCGAUCGGUCCUCCCGGCGAAAAAGGACCUCAAGGUAAACAAGGACUGGCAGGUCUUGCUGGUGCGGACGGUCCUCCAGGUCAUCCAGGAAAAGAGGGUCCAACUGGUGAGAAGGGAGCAUCCGGUAAUCCUGGACCCCCCGGAACUAUCGGCUACCCCGGACCCCGUGGUGUCAAAGGAGCAGAUGGAAUCCGUGGGCUUAAAGGUGGCAAAGGAGAGAAGGGAGAAGAUGGAUUCCCUGGAUUCAAAGGUGACAUGGGUCUGAAAGGAGACAAGGGCGAAGGAGGAGUGCAGGGACCCAGAGGAGAAGACGGACCAGAGGGACCCAAGGGCAAAUCCGGACCCAACGGAGAGGCGGGACCUAUGGGAUCAGCUGGAGAAAAGGGAAAACUUGGAGUCCCUGGAUUACCUGGAUACCCUGGAAGACAAGGACCUAAGGGCUCCAAUGGCUUCAAUGGAUUCCCCGGAGCAAACGGAGAAAAGGGAGCAAGGGGGAUUGCUGGUAAACCUGGCCCAAGAGGACAGCGCGGACCAACGGGCCCUCGCGGUGGUCGUGGAGCCAGGGGACCCACUGGAAAACCUGGACAAAAGGGCAACUCAGCGAACGACGGACCACCCGGACCGCCAGGAGAGAGGGGACCUAAUGGACCCCAGGGACCAGUCGGCUUCCCUGGACCCAAAGGACCCAAUGGCCCAGCAGGGAAAGAUGGACUCCCCGGACAUCCAGGACAGAGAGGAGAGACUGGUUUCCAAGGAAAGACCGGACCCCCAGGGCCAGGUGGAGUGGUUGGGCCAAUGGGUCCCACCGGAGAGACAGGCCCCAGUGGAGAGAGAGGACACCCGGGAACCCCAGGUCCUCCUGGUGAACAGGGUCUGCCUGGAGCCGCCGGCAAAGAGGGAGGAAAGGGAGACCCAGGUCCUACAGGCAUUUCUGGCAAAGUCGGUCCCCAGGGUCUGAGGGGCUUCCAAGGAGUGAGGGGUCUUCCCGGAGCCAUGGGUCCAGGCGGUCUGAAGGGAGGAGAAGGGCCUCAGGGUCCCCAAGGCCCCAUCGGUUCCCCAGGAGAGAGAGGUCCUGCAGGUCCCGGAGGUCCCAUCGGCACCACAGGACGCAACGGACCCCAAGGACCCCCAGGCCCCGCUGGAGAGAAAGGAGGACCAGGAGAGAAGGGUCCGAUGGGUCCCGCUGGCAGAGACGGUAUCCAGGGUCCAGUGGGUCUGCCCGGUCCAGGAGGUCCUCAAGGUCCCCCCGGAGAGGAUGGAGACAAGGGUGAAGUUGGUGGACCCGGACAGAAGGGAAGCAAAGGAGACAAGGGUGAAAGCGGUCCCCCAGGUCCCAGUGGUCUUCAGGGUGUGAUCGGAGCUCCUGGUCCAGCUGGCAGCGACGGUGAGGCAGGACCCAGAGGACAGCAGGGAAUGUUUGGCCAGAAAGGAGACGAAGGACCGAGAGGUUUCCCUGGACUUCCUGGACCCAUUGGACUGCAAGGUUUGCCGGGUCCUCCUGGUGAGAAGGGAGAGAACGGAGAUGUCGGGUCAAUGGGUCGAGCUGGUCCCCCCGGUCCCAGAGGUCCUCAGGGUCCCAGCGGCGCCACUGGAGCCCAAGGCCCUCCUGGUGGUGUGGGUUCACCCGGAGCUGUUGGAGAAAAGGGAGAAACAGGAGAAUCUGGCAACCCUGGUUCCCCUGGAGAGCCCGGUAUUGGAGGCUCUAAAGGAGAGAUCGGAGAGAAGGGAGAGACCGGCCCUCCUGGAGCGGCCGGACCUGCAGGAGGACGAGGACCCCCUGGAGACGACGGCCCCAAAGGAAACCCUGGCCCAGUUGGAUUCCCUGGAGACCCUGGUCCCCCUGGUGAGCCCGGCGUUGCUGGUCUUGAUGGUCUGCCCGGUGACAAGGGAGAUGAUGGAGAAGCUGGUCAGCCUGGUCCUCCUGGUCCAUCUGGUGAAGCUGGAGUACCGGGACCUCCUGGCAAACGGGGACCCGCCGGAAAAGCCGGUCCGGAGGGCAGACAAGGAGAGAAAGGAGCCAAGGGAGAGGCUGGAGCAGAGGGCGCUGUGGGUAAAACUGGACCCGUGGGACCUCAGGGACCUCCUGGGAAAACCGGUCCUGAGGGUCUGAGAGGCAUCCCAGGACCUGUGGGUGAACAGGGACUACCUGGUGCUGCCGGUCAAGACGGACCCCCCGGACCUAUCGGCCCUCCUGGACUUCCCGGGAUGAAGGGUGACUCGGGAUUCAAGGGAGAGAAGGGUCAUCCCGGUUUGAUUGGACUGAUCGGACCUCCUGGUGAACCUGGAGAGAAGGGAGACCGAGGACUGCCCGGACCCCAAGGAGCAUCCGGAGGAAAGGGAGAGGCCGGCAUCGGUGGUUCUUCAGGUCCACUGGGUCCUCCUGGUCCUCCUGGUAUCCCUGGAACUCAAGGACAAAAGGGUGCUAAGGGAUCAAAUGGUUCUCAAGGUCAGAAGGGAGACCCAGGACUCAUCGGACCACCUGGACCACCUGGUCCUCCUGCAGAUGUGAUCCAGCCUCUGCCCAUCCAACAGCCCGGAAAGUCCAAGCGACACGUGGACGAGCAGAGCGACGCCGCCAUGGUGGACUACGGCCUGGGCGAGGGCAUGGACGACGUGUUUGGCUCUUUGAAUACCCUCAAACAGGACAUCGAGAAGAUGAAGUUCCCCCUGGGCACUCAGGAUAACCCUGCCCGCACCUGUCAGGACCUGCACCUGAGCCAGCCAGACUUCCCUGAUGGUGAAUACUGGAUCGAUCCAAACCAGGGCUGCAUCGGAGACUCCAUCAAAGUCUUCUGUAACUUCACAGCGGGAGGAGAAACCUGCAUCAAUCCAGACAAGAAGUCCUCAGGGGUCAGAAUAUCCAACUGGCCCAAAGAGUCUGCAGGUUCAUGGUUCAGUGAAUUCAAACGAGGAAAGAUUCUGAACUACGUGGACAUCUCGGAGAGUGAAAUCACGUCGGUGCAGAUGACGUUCUUGAAGCUGCUGAGCUCUUCAGCCAGACAGAACUUCACGUACAUCUGUCACCAGUCUGUGGCCUGGUACGACGCCAAGGCAGACAACUACAACAAGGCCCUGCGCUUCCUCGGCUCCAACGACGAAGAGAUGUCCUACGAUAACAACCCCUUCAUCAAAGCUCUCAUGGACGGAUGCUCGAUGAAGCAGGGCUACUCCAGGUCAGUGCUGGAGAUCAACACGCCGCGCAUCGACCAGCUGCCCAUCAUCGACGUCAUGCUCAACGACUUCGGCGACGCCAACCAGCGAUUCGGCUUCGAGGUGGGCCCCGUGUGCUUCCUGGGUUAGACGCCCCCCUCCCCGCUACAGGACAGGGUCAGACCCAAACCGAACCCCACCAGCCUUACCUCAAAAGCAAACCUGUGUCCAAGAUCCAAGAGGAAGACUGUCCCAGGUCCCCCUUUUUAGAAACCCCAGAUAGACCCAAGUCCCAAGACCAGACCCUGUCCCGGAGCGCAGACGGGACACUGCUCCUCGACCCUUGUAGGGCCACUCCACAUGUCGGUGAAGGAGAGACAUCAGGAACAAGGACAGUAAAGCUGCGGAGGACUAUGGCGCACUCAGAGCAAAAUGAAAGGAUGCCUCGGCCAAUGAGAAGGAUCUGCUCGUUCUUUGCCCCGCCCUUUCCCACUUUAACCCCGCCCGUUUUCAUCACGCUCCCAUCUUCCGUCAUUCACGUUCAUAUUUAGCUCCACUUGUUUCACAAAAGCCACGCCCACGCCAAAAUUAGUCCGAAAUUCAAUCUUAAUUUGACCAGAUCUAACUUAAAAACAUGAACAACGAAAAACAAAUGUAUAUCUCACUUUCCUAACGCAUUUAUGAUUAGAGACAGACAGCUCACAACGACCUCAUCAGCUUAUACUCAUACUAGACCACGCCAUACUCAUACUUAAGCCCCACCCAUUUUCAUGUAGCCCCUCCCCUGACCACGCCCUUUCACCUCUAACUCCGCCCAUUUCAUCAUCAUUUCAUCAAAUCAUCACAUUGCUUUUUCAUAGCUUUGGAGUAAAGGGGAGGAUCUUGCUUUUUGCUUUUCAGACUCCAUAUGUCCAUUAGCUCCACCCACUCUGUUUUAGCCACGCCCCUUCACCAUUCCCCCGACCACACCCUUUCACCUUUAGCUCCACCCAUUUCAUCAAACCAAACCAUCACGUCGCUUUUUUUGAUCGCGUUCGAGUAAGAGGGAGACGAUCGAGCUUUUCACCGUUUGCCCACUAGCUCCACCCACUUUGUCUUUAGCCACACCCACUUCAUCAUCAAGCCCCUCCCCUGGCCACGGCCCUUUUCUCCAGCUCUCAGUGCCGCCUUGAAAACAACCACAGAUGUGCUUUGUGCGGAAUCACAGAACACAAAAAAAGGUGCUAAAAAGUGCUUUUGAUAAACUGUAAUUAUUAUUAUUAUUUUGUACAAUAAUGUUCCUUCCGAAUCCACUCCAAGACUUGCAUGUGCCCCGUUUUUCAAGUUUUUAAAUAUUUGGAAAGAUUUUUAUUACAACUUUUAAAAUUUAUAAUGUUUGAAAAAUUGUCAUGUGUAAUUAUAGAAUAAGUCUUUGUAAAUAAAAAUAAUUUCAUGCAAACUGGAACAAUCAUUAUUUUAUUUUAUAGAUUUUGGCAAACGAUUACUCUGGUGUUACCUCAGUGGAUUUAUUUGGCAGUUCAGUCAUGUUUAGACACUUGCAAUUCAAUUUUUCAUUACGACAAAAAUUCAAAUGUGUAAUUACAAAUUUCUGGUUAAUUAUUUUUCCUUGUAAGAUUGAACUAUUGUUUC